CAGUUGUUUCUCAUUAGUACCCAUAACACUUGCUUUUCAGUUGAAGAACAAUCUGUGUUUUGUUUAAAUUCCAGGAAACUUGGAACAGCUGGACAAAAACUUGGAGGCUCUGCUGUCCUUUGCCAUAUAAAACAUGAUCCCAUGGACCCUGGAGGAUGCUUCACGUUAACCUCAGCAAAUGUGGGGAAGUGCCAAACUGUUCUCUGCCGGAAUGGGAAGCCUCUGCCUUUGUCCAGGUGUUAUGUGAUGAGUUGUGAAGAAGAGCUGAAGAGGAUUAAGCAGCAUAAGGCCAUUAUCACAGAGGAUGGCAAAGUAAAUGGUGUGACAGAUUCAACGAGAAUCUUGGGAUACACGUUCCUUCACCCAAGUGUUGUGCCACGUCCUCACGUCCAGUCCAUUACCUUAACUCCACAAGAUGAGUUCUUCAUUCUGGGGAGCAAGGGGCUGUGGGACAGCCUCUCCAUGGAUGAGGCAGUGGAAGCAGUCAGAAACGUGCCUGAUGCGCUGGCAGCUGCCAAGAAGCUUUGCACUUUGGCCCAAAGUUACGGCUGCAACGACAGUAUCAGUGCGGUUGUGGUUCAGCUCAAUGUUACGGAGGACAGCUUCUGCUGCUGCGAACUUAAUGGGGUCCCACCCCCCAGCCCAGGCAUUUUCCCCCAGUCUGUCAAUGUGGUCAUCAAGGACAGGCCAGCGGAUGCUCUUGGGAUGCCAUCUUCAAGCAGCGGCAUGGCUUCGGAGAUCAGCAGCGAGAUCUCCACCUCGGAAAUGAGCAGCGAGGUGGGGUCCACAGCCUCCGAUGAACCUCCGCAGGUAGCCAUGAACGAGAGCAGCCCGGCCUACCCCGGGGAGCAGCGCUGCAUGCUGCAUCCUGUCUGCCUGUCCAACUCCUUCCAGCGGCAGCUCUCCAGCGCCACGUUCUCCAGCGCCUUCUCCGACAAUGGCCUCGACAGCGAUGACGAGGAGCCAAUAGAGGGGGUGUUCACCAACGGCAGCCGUGUGGAAGUGGAGGUGGACAUCCAUUGCAGCCGAGCGAAGGAGAAGCAGCUUCUCCAAGUGCCUGUGGAAGCCAGUGACGAAGGUAUUGUCAUCAGUGCCAACGAAGAUGAGCCCGGCCUUCCCAAGAAAGCCGAAUAUUCUGCCACAGGCACAAUAGGGCGUCGGAGGGGCAAUGGCUCUGUGGCACCCCAAGAGAGAAGCCAUAACUUGAUUGAAGUUGCAACAGAUGCACCGCUUAGAAAAACAGGGGGAUAUUUUGCUGCUCCGGCACAGCCGGACCCGGAUGACCAGUUCAUCAUCCCACCAGAGCUGGAAGAAGAGGUCAAGGAGAUCAUGAAACAGCACCAGGAACAACAACAACAGCAGCAGCAGCAGCAGCGGCAGUACCAGAUGGACCAUCUGGCAGACUACUACGAUACGCCACUAUGACCCAUUCUAGUGCUUGGAAACGAACAGAUGAGGAGAUUUGAGUGCAGGACCCAGUGGGUGCACACUACAGCAGGGGUUUCCCUUCCACGUUUCCUUUAUAUACUUCCUUUUCUUUAUCCUGCCACUACAGAUAACUGCAGCUUUUCGGUUUGUUAGGUUUAAUAUUCAUUGACUUUCUUCUAGAGAUGCUUUACCAGUAAAGUUUAAGAUAGUUAAUCUUCCCUUAACAUAUCAAAUGUAAAAACAACAAAAAAAAAUAAUAAAAAGGUUUAAUAUAUUGCUGAGAAACAGAUGAUGAUGUAAUAUUUUUUAAAAUGGCUUGUUUGUUUUGUUUGAAAAGCAGGGCAGUAGCCAGUGCUAAAUGAUUUAAGUAAUAUUGUAAUACUGUAUUUCUUUGAGAGAAAAGGCUUUUUUUGGUCUUGAAAAUGAUAGACAUUUGUAGAAUAUGGAGACUAACUCCUAGGAGUUGCUUUACUCUUUCAGGUGACUUAAGUCACUGAGAUUCACUAAUUUUCUCUGAGAGAACAGUUGAUUGGGAAAUUACUGUAAAUAGCUCAGUGUUGUAUAGUGAUGCUUACAUGUUUUGUAGCCUUGGCAUUAAGGACACAACCUGAAAAACUGACCUUUUUCUUAAGCAAUUCUUUGGGCCGUGGUCAUUGAGCAUAGCGAACAGAGCGACUGCGUACAAGUUAGCUAGAGUUAGAUGGUACAGACCAUUGAAAGAAACCCACUUUUUCCUCUGGUCUCUUUCUAUUCUUUUACAAACACGUUUUAUUUGUGUUCCUUAUUGCUGCCACAACCAGCAUGAUUGUAUAGAGCUCAUUUGCUGUAGAACAUUUACAAACCAAGAGUUAUAUUAAAGCCGAAUGCACAAAUGAACAUGUCAUAAUUUUUGUUAUAAUAAAUAUGAAAUUUACAAAUGA